AUGAAGGUACAUUGGGUAAUAAGGAAACAAAUUACUACGGCUAUUUCGAAUAAUGAUCACAUAUCCAACCCAUUUUUAAUUAAACUUUAUUUAUAUAAUGUGUCAAGGAUAAAUAUCGACACAUAUAUGAAUAUAUUAAAUUUAUAUAAUUGGGAUGAAGACUAUAAAAAUGAAAAAAAAAAUUUAAACAAAAAUGAUUAUAAUAAUCCACAAUUUUUUUUAUAUAAAUAUUUUCAUUAUUUAAACGAAUAUAACAGUGGGAAAAAAAACAAGUUAAUACAAUUACUAACAUUUUUAUAUUCCAAAAAUUUACGGGAAUAUUAUGAUAAAAAAAACAAUUUUUAUAAUUCAUUUGUGCAUAUAAAUAAUUUUUUUUUUACACAAUUUGGUUAUUUACACCAAAAGACAGAUAUAAAUCAUUUUGAUAAUAUAGAACAAAAGGAAAAAAAAAAAAAAAAAGACGAAAAUUAUAACAAAGCGAAACAAAAUGAAAUUAAUACUAUUAGAUAUAUGUAUAGCUUAUAUACAGACAUUUUUUUAUAUGCACUAGAUUUCUAUAUAUAUCAUUUAUCAAAAAAUUCGAAUUUUUUAAAUAUAGAACAGUUAAAUAUACUUGCUGAAAUUUUUGCAAAUAUAAAUAUAUCACCUAAUAAUCAUAAUUUAUGUGUAAAUAGUGAAAAAAAUGAAUAUGAAAAAAAAUAUAUUAAUAAUACCGAACAAAAAGCAACACACACACACAAUAAUGAUUCAAAUUCAUAUGAACUUAAUAUAAAUAAUAAAAUAUGUUUAUUUUAUGUAUAUAUAUCGAAAUCUAUAAUACAACAAACAUAUUCAUAUAUUAUAAACAAUUGUAGAGAGGAUAACGAAAAACAACUUAAAGACAUAAUAUCAAAUAAUAUACAUAACUGCAAAAAUAUUUUAGACUGUUUAUUAAAUAAAGAUAAAAAAAAUAGUGAUGAACAAUUUGCUCAAUAUAUAAUAUUAAAAAAAAAGUAUAAUAAAAAAAAUUUUAAUAUAAAUGUUUUAAAAAAAUAUUUAAAUAGUAUUAAAUAUUUAAAUAUUAUAAACAUAAAAAAAGAUUUUUAUAUAAUAUGCUACUUAUAUUUUAGUAGCUAUUUAUUUAAUAAAUCUAUUUAUUAUUCAUCUCUAAUUUUUUAUUUAUUACAAAAAUAUAAUUUACAAUAUACUUAUAUUUUUAACAUACUUUUAAUCAAGUUCACUUUAUUUUUUUUAAACAAAAAAACUUUCAGUGAUUAUAAUGAUAAGGUUAUUUGUGAUUCGAUUAAUAAAUAUAUCGAUACAAUUUUAGUUCUUAAAAUUAAAGAAGAAGGAAAGAAAAAUGAAAUGGACAAUAAUUUAUUUACUACAUUUAUACACGAAAAAAAAAAUAAUGAUAAAUCAAUUUCUCAUGAUAAUAAUAAAUAUGAUCCAUACAUUGAUAUAUACAAAAGAGAAUAUAAAGACAAUUUAAAUAUAUACAAAUAUAUACAUAAAAAUAGUUAUAAAAAUUAUAAUACUAAAUUUUUAACAUAUUUUGAAUACAGUGUUUUGGGCUUGUUUAAAUAUUUUUACUAUAAUAUCGAAUGGUGUAAAAAAAAAGAAAAAAAUAUAUCUAUACAUAAUAAAAAAAUUUAUGAUAUUGAAAAUAAUUUCUCAAAAAAAAACAAAAUAUUCAUCAAUAAAAAAUAUAAGAAAUUUAAUUCAUAUUUACCAGAAAAUCUAUUGUCUAACAUUAUACUUUUAUCUAUUUAUGUGCAAAAUUGUUUACCAUUAUUGUUUUAUUAUAUGCAAAAUGUGACCAAAAUAACUAAAAUAAAAGUGUGUAAAAAAAAAAAAAAAAAAAAAAAUCCAUAUAAGAUAUAUAAUACAAUAAAAGAAAAUUAUAAUAACUCCCAUAUAAAUAAAGAAAGUAAAAAAAAUUAUUUAAUUAAUUUAUUACCCGCAAAAAAUGAAACUCAUAAUAUAUUUGUAUAUAAAAAAUAUAUGAAGGAAAAUAUUCGAGAAACAAUCCCUUUUUACAAAUUUUUAUUUCAUAUAUACAAUAAUUUUAGAGACCUUAUUAUAUUAAACAGCGAAAAAAAUUAUGUGAAAAACGAUGAGGAAAAUAUCGAAUAUAAUAACAGUCUUCGUAAAGAAAAAAAAAACGAAGAAGAAUAUAAUAUGUAUUGUAAUAUAAAAAAAAAUAAAAAAAAUAAAAUUCAAACAAGUAUCACACAUUAUUAUAUAAGUAGUAACUUAAAAAAAAUUAAUUAUAAUAAAAAAUUAUACAAUGAAAAAAAUAUAUUAACUUUUUUUUGUGACAUAUAUUUUGAUAAUAAUAUAAUUGAAGUUGAUGGUCCAAAACAUUUUUUUAUAUAUUAUUUUAUAAAUAAUAAUGAACAAAAUUAUUUUACAUCAUUUAUAAAAAAAAAUAAAGAAAUUUUUUACUACAAUUAUAUAUUCUCAUUAUUUUUUAAUCAAAAUAUAAAUACCCUUAAUUUAGACAAUAAUUGUGAUAGAAAAAUAUACCAUAUUUAUAAUGAUAAAAGUAUUAAAAAAAACUUUUUUCUAUAUAUAUAUGGAUAUAAUAUAAAACACAUAAAUUAUGACAAUACAAAUAUUACCACAUAUAAAUAUUUGUAUGAACUUUUAUUUAAGACAAAUAGUCAAUUACAUGCUAUCUCUUCUGGUAUUGUUUAA